AUGGAGCAAGUCGAAGAAGUUGGCCUUGAGGAGCGCCUCAAGUCCGCCCUCUGGCUGUCCAUUGGCAAGAUCGUGGAUGAGGAGACUAUCAAGUUAGGCGUCAACGCCACGCCUCAGUUCAUCGGUGCCCUCACAGAGAUGGUGUGGGCCCAGAUUGAGACCGUCAGCCAGGACUUGGAGUCGUUCGCUAGACAUGCCGGGCGGUCCACUGUUAACGUCGCCGAUGUGAUGCUGCUCGCUCGCCGUAACGAAGGCUUGGAUUCGAUUUUGCAUGCAUUCGUUGAGCAGCAGCACGAAGAGACCUCCUGA